CUAUUCCUUUCCUCUGUUUCGCUUCCAGAGAGACGAAUUCCACAAAACCUGCUUUUCUCCCCUUCGUCGUCUUCUUAGGGUUUCUUUCGUAUAAUCCCAAUUUCGGGUUUUGCUUCUCCUCUCUGAAUUAAAAUCCUCAAUUGUGAUCGAAAUCAUCAAAACCUAGUUAUGAUAUAUCUUUACGAUCGUUUAUUCUGAUUUAGAAAGUAUAUAUAUCUUUACGAUGGAUUCCGCUAUUGAAAUCAGUUCAGACAGUGACGUCGAGAUACAAGAAACCAGUCUUCCUCUUCUCCCUCCUCAAGGCUCUCAUAGAAGGGAACUCUCUACGCUCAGACCUCACCUUGUUAAUGCCAAUGGCCUCACAAGAGUGGCACUUCUUCCUUCACGUAAUGGGUUUGAAGCUAAGCCACUGAUGAAUGGGCACAUGGGCUCUCAACAAGGGGUUAAAAGGGUGCUUCCUCCGUCUUUUAUUCGGCCUCCUAUGCCUUUGAGACCUGAUAUUGUCGGUACGAGUAAUGGGAACGGGAGUCACUUUCGUGGGGUUUAUGGUGCUACUCCAUCUGCUUCAGCGUCAGGCUACAACGGGAAUGGUUUUGGUGGAGUACAUGAUGGGGUAGGCAUGGGGCGUGUCAUUAAUGGCGAGAGGUUGUUUCCUCCGUCUGGAGCAGGUGCUUCUACUUCACAUUUUAAUGGUGGGAGUGAUCCGUUGCAUAGGAAUGGCGUAGGUGAAGAUAGGAGUUCGGAGACUGACGAGAGGCUCAUCUAUCAGGCUGCACUUCAGAAUCUGAAUCAACCCAAGUCGGAGAUCGAUUUACCUGACGGCCUUCUUUCAGUUUCUCUUAUGAAGCAUCAGAAAAUUGCGUUGGCAUGGAUGUUUCAGAAGGAAACUAGAAGCGCCCCCUGUCUGGGAGGGAUAUUGGCUGAUGAUCAGGGCCUUGGUAAAACAAUCUCAACAAUUGCUCUUAUCCUAAAACAAAGGUACGAGGCAAAAUUAAAGUCUGAGAAUUUGAGCAAACAAGUGGAUGCUGAAGCAUUGGAUCUGGAUGCUGAUGAUGAAUCAGAGAAUGUAUUUGUGAAACCAGAGUCGAAGGCUAUAAUGGUUGAUGGCAGUUUUGGCAUGAAGAAAGCCAAGGAUGAAGAAGCCAGUACUUCAACAAGGAAAUUUAAUGGGAAAAGACCAGCUGCUGGCACUUUAAUUGUUUGUCCAGCUAGUGUUGUGCGGCAGUGGGCAAGAGAACUUGAUGAGAAGGUUACUCAAGAAGCUAAACUUUCUGUUCUAAUCUACCACGGUGGUAACAGAACCAAAGAUCCAACUGAACUAGCAAAAUAUGAUGUGGUGAUGACAACUUAUGCUAUCGUCUCAAAUGAAGUUCCACAGAAAUCCCUGAAGGAUGACGAUGAGAAUGAUGAAAAAUAUGCCGAGAGACAUGGUCUCGCCUCUGGCUUCUCCAUGAGUAAGAAACGCAAAGAUGUGUUGGGUGCUCCUAAGAAGAGUAAGAAACGAAGCAAGAAAAACGCUGACGACUCUGACCCUGACUGUGGCGCUCUAGCAAAAGUUGGGUGGUUCCGAGUUGUACUAGACGAAGCUCAGACAAUAAAGAACCAUAGAACACAGGUUGCAAGAGCCUGUUGUGGUCUUCGAGCCAAAAGGAGAUGGUGUUUGUCUGGGACACCGAUUCAAAAUACGAUAGAUGAUUUGUAUAGCUAUUUCAGGUUUCUAAGGUAUGAUCCGUAUGCCGUGUACAAGUCAUUCUGCAACACAAUCAAGGUUCCAAUCACCAGAAAUUCCCAAAAUGGUUACAAGAAGCUUCAAGCUAUUUUAAAGGCUAUUAUGCUGCGCCGUACCAAAGGAACAUUGCUUGAUGGCCAGCCUAUACUUAAUCUACCACCAAAGACAAUUAAUUUGACCAAGGUAAACUUUUCAGUAGAGGAGCGGUCUUUCUACACGAACCUUGAAUCCGUUUCACGUUCUCAGUUCAAGGCAUAUGCUGAUGCAGGAACUUUGAAUCAAAACUAUGCAAACAUUCUUCUCAUGCUUUUACGCUUACGCCAAGCCUGUGAUCAUCCCCAACUUGUUAAAGGAAAGAACUCAGAUUCUGUAGGAAAAAAAUCAGAAGAAGCUGCAAAAAGACUUUCUAGGGAGGCUCGAGUUAGCUUGCUCAAUCGUGUAGAAUCGUCUCCCAUCUGCUGCGUCUGCCACGAUCCACCGGAAAAUCCAGUUAUUACUUUGUGUGGCCAUAUAUUCUGUUAUCAGUGUGUAUCAGAAUAUAUCACAGGGGACGAGAACUCGUGCCCUGUAUGCAGAGAACAGCUUACGCAUGAUGUUGUUUUCUCCGAGUCUACUCUUCGAAGUUGUAUCGGUGAUACGGGUUGUAGUUCCUCACAUGCCAGAGGUCUUAAUAAAGCAGGUUUUCAGAAUGGCGAGUUCAGUUCAUCAAAAAUCAGAACUGUCUUAGAUAUCCUGCAGUCGCUUUCUAACCAAGGCAGUCCAAACUCAACGCAGCAAGGUGGAAUGCCUUCUUCCUCGCAGCCCCAUGACGACGAUGAUGAUGUUACCAUUAUAGAGCAAACCAGCGUGCCUUCAACUCCUUACAACCAAAAGCCAGUUAAAACGAUUAUCUUUUCUCAGUGGACUAGUAUGCUUGACUUGCUCGAGCCCUCUCUUAUUGAAAAGACUAUAGAGUUUAGAAGAUUAGAUGGUACAAUGACUCUAGCUGCUAGAGAUAGAGCUGUGAAAGAAUUCAGCAACGAUCCAGAUGUAAGAGUGAUGAUAAUGUCUUUGAAAGCUGGAAACCUUGGGCUGAACAUGGUGGCUGCAUGUCAUGUCAUUCUUCUUGAUCUUUGGUGGAAUCCAACUACUGAAGAUCAAGCUAUUGAUCGAGCACAUCGUAUUGGACAAACUCGACCAGUUACUGUUACUCGUCUUACUAUAACAAAUACUAUCGAGGAUAGAAUUUUGACUCUCCAGGAACAGAAAAGGACAAUGGUUGCGUCUGCCUUUGGUGAAGACCAUAGUGGAGGCUCUGCAACUAGACUAACCGUAGAUGAUCUCAAAUUUCUAUUCAUGAUGUAGACAACUCUGAUUUAGCAUUUCUAAAUCUCCAGUUUACCAAGUUUUCAUUUCCAGAGUUUUGAUCAUGAAGAAACCUUUGAGCUGCAUUUUAUGUUCUUCAGGUUCACAGAUUGGGAUUUAGCAAAUAUGUAAAUAACUCGGUUUCUUUUCUCAUAGUAUUAUACAUCAGACUUCCUUUGGAGAGUGCAUGUGUCCUCAUUGUAAUCUAAAUACACACCAAGUUAGUUUCCAUACAUAGACAACAGACUCAUAUGCUA